AUGGUAUUUGGUAAAUCUAUCAAAUUACCUGGUGAGUUUUUUGAAGAUUCGAAAACUGUGUCCAUUACAGAUUCUUUUGUUGAUAAUCUGCGAACACAGAUGCAGUUAGUAAAACCAAGAAUACCCAAGCAAAAAUGCAAACAACACAUUUUUGUUCCACAAGAUUUAAAUACAGCUACUCACGUAUUUCUUAGGAUUGAUCGCGUAAAAAAACCCUUAGAACCGCCAUAUGAAGGACCAUUUUUAGUAUUACAACGAACGCAAAAAUUUUUCACGUUAUUAAUCAAAGGUGAACAUGUAAAUAUUUUUAUUGAUCGAAUUAAACCAGCCUAUAAGUUAACACAUUUUGACACUUCUGAUGCUCCAUUGCCAUCAACUGUUAACAGUCCUGCAUCUUGUGAACCCAAAAGAAGUGACUCAACUGAAAGGAUGCAACAUAAGAAUGCAUUAAGUGAUUCAAUAAAGGACGAGAAACUGCCUGCUUUAACCACACAAACACGUUGUGGAAGGAAAAUAAAACGACCUGAGGAAAUGUGA